AUGGAAUUCAGGUGCCCCGUGUUUUGUGGACCCACGGCGUCCACCGGGAGCUCCUACAAAAUCUCGGGGGUGUGGGGUCCUCAGGGGCGCACUGCUCACCUCGCGGGGUCCCCGGCCGCUGAGAAGCGCCGAGCCCGCUGCUGUGGACAGCAGGAGCCGCGGCUGUGCGGUGCGCGCGGUGCCCUGCGGGUCGCCUCCUCCCCUUGCCCGCCGUCCCGCCGUCCCUCCUCUGGCGCCACCCGGCGCCAGGACCCGACUCUGCGCUCCGCUGCAGGCCGCUCCACUCCCGCGUCCCCUGUUCCCGCAUCCUCCACUUCUCCGACCUCCAUUCCCAGAGGCGCGGUUCGAGAGUCGGUCCCCCCUACUCCCACCUCUUCCCGCCUCUCCGGCAGCUCCUUGCAGUGUGCUCAGAGAGCAAGGGGUCGGGGUGAGGGGUUGCUGGCCCGGGGAGCCCUGCAGGAGAAGGAUGCUCAGGCCUCGGGGGAGCAGAUCCUGCGCCUGGUUCCUCAGACUCAGGGUUACAGAAGUUUAUAUGCGGUGCUAGGGAUUGAACCCAGGACCUCAUGCAUGCCAGGAUCGCAUGUAUCCCAGGUUGUCCUCAACCUUCCCAGUGCUGGGAUUAUAUGCAAGAACCACCAGGCCAUGUUCAUGUAAUGCCGGGGAUUGAACCUGGAUCUCCAUGCAAGCCUCUGCCAACUGAGCUACAUCCCUGGCCUUUGGUUGCUUAUUCA